AUGGCUGGGGACACCGGGAUGGCCGGGAAGGUGGCGCUGCUCCUGUGGGGCGCCCAGACCACCCAGCUCCUGGUGGAGCCCCCCUGGAGGCCGGCGGUGCUGUGGGACCGGGUGACACUGACCUGCCAGGGCUCAGGGACUGCCGGUGCCACCACCUGGUACAAGGACGGGCAGCGCUGGAGGCAGCAGGGACCCAGCCACGUCUCUGUCACUGAGAGAGGCACCUACACAUGUGACAGACCCGGCACCGGGCUCAGCCCCCCUGUGACAGUCUCAGAUGAUCAUCUGGUGCUGCAGGUGCCAGCACAGGCGCUGCUGGAGGGGGACACGGUGACACUGCGCUGCCGGGGCUGGCAGAACAACCCUGUCGCCGGGGUGCGAUUUUACCGGGACAAGAAGGAUCUGAGGGGGUUCAUCAAUGGGACUGAGCUGUCCCUGUCCCCCCUGCAGCUGCACCACAGUGGCCGCUACAGCUGUGGGGGCUUGGUGAGGUCUUUUAUGUCACAGUCAGCAGCAGUGACAGUGACAGUGCACGUGCCUGUGGCCAAUGCCACCAUCACCCCUGGUCCCCUGUCACACCAGGUGCGUGCAGGUGACCCCGUGACCCUGCACUGCUCAGUGCAGGUGGGCUCAGCCCCUGUCACCUUCACCUGGCUGCACAAUGGGCAGGAGGUGGCCCAGGGUCCCCUCCUGGAGCUCAGGACCGUCGAUGUGGGACAUGUGGGCACCUACCAGUGCAUGGCCACCAACCAGCUGGGACAGGACAGGCACCGCGUGUUCCAGGCACUCAGCCCUGAGCUGGCCCUGGAGGUGAUACCACAGAACAAAGGGACACAGAGGGACACAGGUGGGGCCGCAGGGGUCAGUGGGGCCCUUUUGUUCCUCCUCCUGCUCGUGGCUGUCAUUGUGGCCUGGCACCGCUGGCAUCGUAUGGGUGGGGCCCCCCCGGAUCCCCCGGCCCCCCCAGAGGAGGGGGAGGUGCUGUACACCCACGUCGUGGUCACCAAGAGGGCAGGGGCAUCCUCCCGAGCCACCACCCUCCAGGAUCCCCAGGUGACCUACGCGGAGCUGCAGGGACCCCAGGGGCGACCGCGGGAACCCGGUGACAUCUACGGGAAUGUGCUGUGACACUGGGGGGAACUGGGGGCACUGGGGGUCCCCACCCAUGGGCACCCACUCAUGUGUGUGCUGCCACUAAAAAUUGUCCCAAUCCCUCCCUGUGGGGGCACAAAGAUCCCAAAGACCUGAGAGAAGAACA